AUGUUCAGUGAAAUCGGAUACAUAGUUUUUCUACUUCUUGCUCUACCUUACAUCGAAAGUGCUUCUCGUCGACGUCUUAGUGAGUAUAUCGAGCACUACGAGGGUCUAGACUACGACCCAGACAAGUUGCACCAGCAACACUUGCGGGCUCGUCGCUCGAUAGACCCACCAGCAGAUUUAAGUCUAAAAUUUGACGCACAUGGAAGGAAGUUCCACCUACGAUUGCGGCGAGACUUGGCCGCAUUUAGCGAAGAUUUUAAAGUUGAAGGCUCACAAGGGCAGUUACAUGACGUCGACACCUCACACAUUUAUCACGGGGAAUUGGCUGAUGAUCCAAAGUCAUCGGUGUUUGGUUCGGUGACGGAUGGUGUCUUCGAGGGGAAGAUCAUAGCGAGCGAUGGCUCGUUCUACGUGGAACAUGCGAGGCGGUACUUCCCCCCGAACAGCACGCGGACGAAAGUCCAUUCGGUGAUCUAUCGCGAAGGUGAUGUCAGUGACCCAUACGCUCAUCGGCGACAUGGUCACGUGGGUGGUUGCGGCAUCACAGACGAAGUAGUACAAUGGAUGGAACGCAUCCAGAACUCAGGUGUUGAUGAUGAGCAGACGUCACCAGCGCCUGCGUCCACACCAACUGCAGCAACACAUGGACACCAUGCCCCUGCCUCACAACCACCGCACCCAAACAGCUUGAGGGAUAAUGAGCCCAGGUUCUGGGACAUGCACCAUUACAACAAGUACUCGCGAGCGGCGAACACGGGCGAGCACACGCGGUCGCGGCGGGCAGCACCCGACGAGAAGGGAAACACGUGUUCCCUCUACAUACAGACAGACCCCCUCAUAUGGAGACACGUCAGGGAGGGGUUUCCAGAUCAUCGAGACCCCAGCAAAAAGAACGAGGUGGACAUGAAGACUCGUGAGGAGAUUCUGUCCCUCAUAUCGCACCACGUGACCGCCGUCAACUACAUCUACAGCCAUACCAAGUUCGACGGACGAUUCGAACAUAGGAAUAUCAAGUUUGAAGUACAGAGAAUAAAGAUCGACGACGACUCUAUGUGUAAGGGUCAUGAGUUCGGCAGCGAAACGAACCAGUUCUGCCUUGAGAACAUCGACGUCUCCAACUUCCUGAACUUGCACUCGCUGGGCAACCACGAGGACUUCUGUCUUGCUUACGUGUUCACCUACAGAGACUUCACUGGAGGAACACUAGGUCUUGCAUGGGUAGCGAGUGCAAGCGGUGCAUCAGGAGGUAUAUGCGAGAAGUACAAGACAUACACAGAGACCAUCGGCGGCAUGUACCAAAGUACCAAGCGGUCGCUUAACACCGGCAUCAUCACCUUCGUCAACUACAACAGUCGAGUUCCGCCCAAAGUCAGCCAGCUUACCUUAGCACACGAGAUCGGACAUAACUUUGGGUCACCGCACGACUACCCGACGGACUGCCGGCCGGGCGGGCAGCAAGGCAACUACAUAAUGUUCGCGUCGGCCACGAGCGGCGACCGGCCCAACAACAGCCGCUUCUCCACGUGCAGCGUCGGCAACAUCAGCGCCGUGCUCGACGCCGUGCGCGACGGCCGCAAGCGGAACUGUCUCACGGCCAGCGCCGGCGCCUUCUGCGGGAACAAGAUCGUCGAGGACAACGAGGAGUGCGACUGCGGUUAUGACGAAAAUGAAUGCAAGGACCGGUGUUGUUACCCGCGCCAGCUCAGUGCAAUGGACGCCAAGAACUCUUCUGCUAAAGGCUGCGCUAGGAGAGCUCACACGCAGUGCAGUCCAUCGCAAGGUCCAUGCUGUAACGCGGCGACGUGUGAGUUCGUCCCAGCGUCCCGCAACGUGACGUGUCGCGAGGCGUCAGAGUGUAGCCACGCGUCAUUCUGUUCCGGGAACUCCGCCGACUGCCCCGAGCCACGCGCCAUGCCCAACCAUACCAUGUGCAAUAAUGGGACCCAGCUGUGCCUGAGCGGCGAGUGCCGCGGCUCGAUCUGCCUCGCGUGGAACAUGACGGAGUGCUUCCUGUCGUCCGCGCCGCGCGCCGUGGGCGACGGCGUGUCGGCCGCCGUCGUGGACCGCCGCGCGCUGUGCCAGCUGGCCUGCCAGGUUGGGCCCCGCCCGGACCAGUGCCAGAGCACUGCAGACUUCGCAGACCGUGUGGGCUUACCCAAAGGUGGUAUCAGUCUACGACCGGGCUCGCCUUGUGAUAACUUCCAGGGUUACUGUGACGUAUUCUUGAAAUGCCGUGCGGUGGACGCGGAAGGUCCCCUGGCCCGGUUGAAGAACCUCCUGCUGAACCGCGCCACGCUGCAGUCGGUGCAGGCGUGGGUGACGGAGCAGUGGUGGGCCGUGCUGCUGGCCGGCGUCGGCCUCAUCGUCUGCAUGGGCGCCUUCGUCAAGUGCUGCGCUGUACACACGCCCUCCUCCAACCCUAAGCGGCCGCCGGCUAGGCGGUUAUCCGAGACGUUGCGUCGUCCAAUGAACACGUUACGUCGCAUGCGUCACCCGGGCGGCGCGGCGGCGCGCUCCCCGGCGCGAGCGCCGCCCCGCGCCGGGCACCGCCGCCCCAGGGGACACAAGGGGUACGCACCCCCGCUCACGUACGCACACAGGGACCGACCGGCAGCAUCGGCGCCGGCGGGUCCCAGCGGGCGACGUGCAGAACCUUACGCGAACGCGUAUCCGCAGUCGUACGAGAUGCGGCCCCCGCAGAAGGUCUGA